AUGGGAAUUCUCAACGACGACGCCGUUUUAAUCGAGCCGGGAAAAAGCUCCGGCGAUCCCAGCGUCGCCACCGUCAAUUGUCCCGAUGAAUCCGGUCUCGGUUCCACUCUCUGCAGAAUCAUCCUCGAAUUUGGUCUCUCCAUAACCAGAGCUGAUUUCUCAACAGAUGGACGAUGGUGUUACAUAGUGUUUUGGGUCACUCCAGAUCAUAGCUCUCCUAAACUCGAUUGGGACAGCUUGAAGAACCGUCUCUUAUCUGCUUGUCCGUCUUGCUUAGGCUCCUUCUACUUCUGUCUUGAGUCAAAUGUCUCAAAGCCUCCUUCUCUUUACCUCCUCAAAUUCUUCUGCCGCGACAGGAAAGGAUUGCUUCACGAUGUUACUAAAGUCCUGACAGAGCUAGAGCUCACCAUCCAGAGAGUCAAAGUCAUGACAACACCAGACGGAAGAGUCUUGGAUAUGUUCUUCAUCACUGACGCAAUCUUCAUGCCUAUCGAUACUGGAGGAGAGACGGAUCUUCGGUUUGUAUAUUGUGCUGCUGCAAUUUGUGACAUGCUUGGUAAUUGGAGUGGAAUGGACAAGGAGAAGGCUAAGGAUUACAUAUUAAACUGUCAGUCAUAUGAUGGUGGCUUUGGUUUGAUCCCUGGUUCUGAAUCUCACGAGACAAGCAAGUGA